AAUCAAUAAAUUGUCAACAACAGACAUCUGACAACAGUCGGUCUAACCUCAAUGUUUUCAAGUUUGAAUUGAUAUUACAUUUGAAAUGUUAUUUCUUUAAAUAAAAAAAGGUUUUGCAAAAAUGAUACGAAGUUUAUUACGAGUACACCGACCGUUGGCUCAAUUUUAUUCGGUAAAAAAUAUUUAUCAUCAACACAACAACGAGCGAGAGCAAAUUAUGGGCUACUUUUUAAAUUCGGGUCGUCAUAGAAUGUUCCGUAAAGAGUCAACAAUCAUCUAUCAAUUCGACGAUGAAACACGGAAUCUUACGACAUGGCAGUGUCCACAUUCUCUAAAAAAUGUCGAUUGGAAGCAAUCAACGAAUGACUACAACAAUGACCAAAUGAUAAGCGCAUUUGAAAGUUUCUUGAACUACAGUCUUGACAACGAUUGCCCGUUGAGUGAUACACAAUUCGAUGAAUUCGUUGACAUUUUCUGUGCACGUUUACAAGAAUUUGGAUUGAAUGAGUUGAUUCGAGCAUUGCAAAUAUAUGCCCGAUUUCCAUGGGAUCGUUUACAAUUGAAACAACGCAAUUACAUUGACCUAUUCCAUGCAUUCGAUCAAGCAUGUACGAUCCAAUCCGAAGAUUUACUACCCGACCAAUUGUUAUUUAUAAGCAGCAUUUGGAUGACAAUUCCAAGCUCAAAGAAAACAUGGGUUUCUGCAUUGAUAUCACGUCUUUUGAAUCGAUACAUGAAAAAUAUGAGCGCACCCGAAAUGGCACAAGCGCUGUACUACAUCAAUUGCAUGACCCGACCAAUUGAAGAUAUUCGGGCGUUUGAAAAUUUAUUAGAGACAACCAUCGAUGAUAUGACGCUAGAGGAAUUGUCUACGGUGCUGUGGACAUUUAUCCGUCUUGAGACGAAAAUUGAAAAACAAGAACUACGCGAUAAGCUUUUUAACUAUCUGGAAAAAAAGGAUCUCAGCCAUUUGCCUGAAGGACAGUUAACAAAAAUUUUAAUUUUAACAUCUCGAAUAUUCGAGCCGAGCAUGUCCAAAUCCACGCAAUGGCUGAAUAUUGCGAAAAAUCUGCGAGCAUCACUACAAAAUCGAUCACUGAAAAUGUGUAUAUUAGUGGCAAAUGUUGGCACUCCGAUUCGACUCUUUGACCAUAAAAUUACUUGGCAUGUGUUUGAACGAUGUUUGAAUCAUCCGGAAGAGUUGCGAGAUUUGUCCAUGCCAGAUUUGGAAUAUUUGUCCCGUAUCCUUACCAUGUCCAACCAUGAGAAUGGUGAGUUGGUGAAUAGAGUUGCUACUAUGCUGUUGCAUGAAAUCAUUAACAAUCGGCUGGAUGUUGUUGCGCAGAGAGGAGUUUUUCGCAAUUUUUCGAAUAUCAUUCGCAAUUUGCUUAUGGUUGAUGUCUACGACAUAGAGCUAUUGGACAAUAUUCUUAGCCCGGCUUAUAUUAAGUUUAUUUUUAAAUCCAUGCGGCAAUUGGAUUUGCAAAUAUACGAAAUCGAUGGUUAUUGUCGCAUCAAUUUGAGAGAUAUUUAUAAAGGCAACCUUCUUCCCACGAGCUACGUGCAAAAAUUAUGCUUUUUAAUCAGUUGGGUUCCGGAUAAAGUAAAUCGGUACAAGAAAAAUGACGAAUUUUCAUAUGCCAUCGAAGAUGUGGUGGAAAAACUUUUCACACACUUUCAGUAUGCACACGCUAUCCCUCACCGAAAACAUGCCGAUUUAAUCGUGUGUCUCAACAGAAAUACGCUUGAACCAGUGGAUAUUUCGAGUAAUUUUCCACCAUUGUACAAGUCAAAAAUAAUCAAUGCAGCAUCUUUAACCAAUGACGAUCCAAAUUUGAUGGUAUUCUCGCUAAUUGCCAGCAAUACAAAAGAGUAUUUGACUGAUAAAUAUAACAAAUGCGAAAAUAUCCCUCUUGGCUUUUUGGCACAUAAAAUUACACAGUUAAAAAUUCUUGGUUUUCAUCCGAUCAUUGUUCCAAUUCAUUUGUAUAAAGAAAAAGAUCCGGGAAAGGCGAUCGAAACGUUUAUCAUCAAUAAAGUCAACGAAGAGCUACAGGCAAACGGUGUAAAUCAACAGCUGAAAAUGACAACGGAAAAUCAAUAAAACCCAAUGAAAUUUGAAUUUUCUUUGUACAGUACAAAAGAAAACGGAAAUAUUUUAUUGUAUAAAUGCCUGAAGUAGUAAAAAUAAUACAAUAAAAAAUUCAAUUAAAAGCUA